CGCUUCCGCCGCGCCGGCCCCGCCCCGCCCGGUUGUGGCCCCGCCCCGCGGCGGCGGCGGCGCCAGGAUGAGCGGGCGGCGGGUGGACGCCAAAGUGGUGCUGCUGGGGCAGGAGGGGGUCGGCAAGAGCAGCCUGGUGGAGCGCUGCGCCCACCGCCGCUUCCGGCCCGGGCCCUACCAGAACACGAUCGGGGCCGCCUUCGUGGCCAAGGUGAUGUCCGUGGGGGAGCAGACGGUGACCCUGGGCAUCUGGGACACGGCCGGCUCGGAGCGCUAUGAGGCCAUGAGCCGCAUCUACUACCGUGGGGCACGAGCUGCCGUCGUCUGCUACGAUCUCACCGACAGCAGCAGUUUCCAGCGAGCCAAGUUCUGGGUGAACGAGCUGCAGAACUGCGAGGAGGGCUGCCGGAUCUACCUGUGCGGCACCAAGAGCGACCUGCUGGAGGAGGACAGGAGGAAGCGGGGUGUCGACUUCCACGAUGUGCAGGAUUACGCUGAUGAGAUCAAGGCAGAGCUCUUCGAGACCUCCAGUAAGACAGGCCAGUGCGUGGACGAGCUGUUUCAGAAGGUGGCUGAGGACUACGUCCACUUCACUGCCUUCCAGGUGAUGACAGAGGAGAAGGGUGUUGACCUGGGCCAGAGGAGCGGUGCCUACUUCUACAGCUGCUGCCACCACUGAGACUUCCUGCCAAAAGGGAAUCGCUGCUGCCGGCCGGGCAGCCAGCACAUGCCAGACUCCUCUGGGUUUUUACCUGCUGUGUUUUAGCUGUACGGGCCCCUCGGCAGUGCGGCAGCGGCGCACAGCCCCGCAGGCUGCUCUCCUGGCAUGUGGAGUGGCAGAGCUGCCGUGCGGUGCCGGGAGCUGCGGACGUUCACCCCUGGGGACCCUCUCCCUGCCCCCCGGCAUUUGCAGGGGCUGCUUCCCUGAGUCACUGCUGUGGCCCAGAGGUGGCCGUUAACUCACUCUCGGAGAUGCUGCCCCGUUCUUUGCAGAUUUAUUUAAGUGUCUUCUCUCUCGAGGUGUACAAUGUAAAUAAACCGCAUUGUGGUCUGA